AUGUGUGGUCCCUUGCAGAAAUUUACCGAAACUGUACCGGUGGAAAAUAUACAUUUAAUUGGUUUGAGUUUUGGUGCACAGGUAGUUGGGGCGGUGGGACGCAAAUAUAAAGAACUAACUGGACAGCCGUUGCCACGCAUUACCGGCUUAGAUCCUGCCAAUCCUUGUUUCAAUGAAGGUCAAAGUGUAUCGACAAUAUCACGUAGUGAUGCCUCAUUUGUUGAUAUAAUUCAUACCAAUCCUGGUGCACUGGGAAAAGCCGAAUCAUUGGGACACGUUGAUUUCUAUGUUGGUGGUAAAGGUGCCAUCCAACCGGGAAGUUUGCAGUUUAGCUGUUCUCAUUUACGGUCCGUUGAUUAUUACAUUGAAACGGCUUAUCCCGGUAAUGAGGGAAAUUUCAUGGGAAAACGUUGUGAUUCGAUAGAGAAUUUAAAUAAUGGUCACUGUGAUGGUCUGGAUCAUCCUAUGGGAUAUUCAACACCACAUGAUUUGGAAGGAGAUCAUUAUUUAAAUGUGAAUCCACAACAACCGUAUGGUAAAAAUGCUGCAGCUACUGCUAUGACUUCGUCGAACCAUUGUGGUCAUUGUGAUGGCCAAUAG